GCGUGCCUUUUUGGUGGUGAAUUUCAUGGCGAGGCUGCAAAAGGAAAACAGCCAAAAAGAAAACCCAGAAAUGAAGGGACAAAACUGGCAACUUGGCUUCAUUAAGAACCCAACCCAUUCAGUGCAAUGCAAAAUUCAUUAUUCUAGAGAGAGAAAAAAUCUGAGGUGGUUGAAUUGAAAGCUAGAGAGAGAGAGAUUCAUGAGAGUCGGUCUAGGAACAAAAUGAGGAGUGGAGCGAGGAUUUGGGCGAAAAUGGAGAGAGCGAAAUAUUCUCACUAGGUUCGCUUUAGAUUUGCCAAGCUUCUUUUUUGAAUUUUUGAGGAGACUGAGAAAAUUCCUCCAGCUUUGUGGAUACAAUCCGAUCUGUCUCUCGGACAAGGAAAGCUAGGUAAGAGCAAAAUACUGUUCUCUCUCCGGUGUCCCCCACUUUCUCUCUCUUCGAUUUUACUGGAUUUUCUUCUGUUUCUUGCCCUUCUUUUACUUCUUCAUUGCAUUCAUUUCUUGCAGAAGCAGAUCAUUUUCACCGAUCGUUGUGCAAUUGCCUCUGAAUUCCCUGUUGAAACCUUCAACGUAAUUCUCUUCGAGGUCCUAGUCCCCGGGGACACUAGAUAGUUGGGUUCUGAUAGAUCUCUCUGUUCUUUGUCCUUACCAUUAGUGAUUUGGCUCAUUGAGUAGCUAUAAUUGUGGGAUAUAUCUCUCGAAUUCUGUUAUAUCUGCACGGGGAAGUGGGAUUGUGGUGUUUUCUGAUGGUGAUGAGAUUGUGGUCACAAAGAGAUCAGAUUGUCAUCCAGAAAAAAUCUCCUUCAUAACAGAAGGCUUUUUGUCCCCAAAUUAUCUCCAAAGUUUGAACCUUUGGAAUUACAUGGAAGAUUAACCCAAUGGCACAAGAAGACCAAACCCAAAAGUGUAGUAAUAGUAGUAGUGGGGGUAAUAUCACUAUUGGAAGCAACAACAGCAUUAGGUCCUCCAAGAAGCACAAGCAAAAGAAAGCCCCACAGAGAGGCCUUGGUGUGGCACAGUUGGAGAAAAUCAGGAUUGAGGAGCAGCAGAAGAGAGAUGCCACCACGAUAUUCCCGUCCCCGGCGACGAUUUCUAGGAGUGGUUCGUGUUUCUUGCCAGCUCCUCUCACGAAUUAUCAUGUCCAAGGCGAUUUCAUGCCGCCAAACUCUAUAUUCCGACCAGUUCCCCCGCACCCAGUUCAGAAUGUCGAGGUCCCCAGCGCCGGCGCCUUUCCAUUGGUGAACCGGGCAAGAGGUUGCGGCCUCGAGAUUGAUAGGCAGUCUGGUGCAAUGAUAGUGCCCGAGCACUUCCCUUAUAUGUGGAAUUUCCCCGAGUACGGUGGUGAAAUUAAGACCUCUUUGGUGGAUCCCGGAUCGCAGUUGUGCUCAAGACCGAGUUUACCUAUGGAUUCCGGUUGGCCUUCCCUUGGACCGGCGCGAAAAGUGCAAUAUGAUUACCCUACUUUGCUGACGAAGGCAUCACCAGUUACUUCUUCAGCACCUUCCCUCAAUUAUCAGAUGGAGCCCCCUUCAAACCAAAGUCAUCAUGGCAAUUAUUUCCCAGCUUUGCCUCUGGAAGAGAAGAUGAUCGGCGUGAAGAGGUCAUAUCCCUUCUCUCUAGAAAAUCCACCAGCCCCCUACUACCCAUUCAGACUCCCUGUACUUGGCCAUUCGAAUAGCACACCUGAUGAACCACACUCACGUGGCAAUGGCAAUUUCAGUUUCAGAGAAGGUCCUUCAUGCCCUCCCCUGGUAUUGGAACCGAAUAUGUCGAAAAGCAUAAAAAGCAGUGGAACUAUGGGUGGAGAGUUCCUUACUCUUGGCCCUCCAGCAACAUCAACUCCGCUAGAAUUGAAGCAGCCUUCGGCUUUGCUAACAUUGAAUGAUCAGAAUGUUCCUGAUUUUGAAUCGCGAGCCCAUGAAGGAUUUCAAGAGGGUCUAGGUUUCCGUCAAGCAUCGAACUGGAGGUAUCAGGAAAACCCUCGCUACAACUUUCUCCCACCAUCAAUGGUACCGAAUAACCAAGCAAAUACGCACAUGAACAAUUGCGACAGCGAUCCUGGGGCAAGUAUCGAUCUCAAUCUGAAAUUAUAAAGAACUGACAAGGGCGUGACUAACUGGCAACCGCUUUUAGUCUCGAUUCUUUUGUAGCCUUAAAAGACGAUUACAUUGAUUGUUGUGAUUACGGCAUGGGAUGACUUCAUAUAUCUUUAUUUCCUUGGUGAAAACCCCGAUCUUGCUCGUGUGAAAUAGCCCAAGUUGGGGAUUGGUUGUUGUUCGGUUGUUCUUUUGCGUGCGCCUGUUGUUCUCUUUCGAUAAGCUGUGAAGAUUGAUUCGAAUUUUAGGCAUUGUUACAUUCUAAUGCCCUUUAGUCUGGGGGGCUUGAAAGUCGAAAAGUCGACUCCCCGAUAUCGACACCCUGGACUAUUGCAAUUACAUGUGCUUGCAUCUGGACAUAGAACCGAAUUCCCCUGAAUUUCACCAAAUAAACUGCUAACAUUAGAAAACUCUUGCCUAACUGCUGAAACGAGAUCCAUGGACAAGGA